AAUGCUUUUCACUUCCGAUCUCUCCGCCAUAAAGUCUUCAACUCUUUUGCUCUCUUUGGUGAGUCCGAAGAAUCUUUUCUUUCUAGCGUUAGUUCAUGGCGGGGUCUUUCUCCUUCGUCCGUCGCGUGUACCUCACUCUCUACAAUUGGAUCGUCUUUGCAGGAUGGGCUCAAGUUUUGUACUUUGCUGUAAAGACGUUGAAGGAAAGUGGACAUGAAAAUGUCUAUGAGGCCGUCGAGAAGCCUCUCCAGCUUGCUCAGACCGCCGCCGUUCUCGAGAUUCUACAUGGACUAGUUGGUUUGGUUAGAUCUCCUGUUUCAGCAACUCUGCCGCAGAUAGGUUCAAGGCUGUUUCUCACUUGGGGAAUCCUAUACAGCUUUCCAGAGGUCCAGUCACAUUUUCUUGUUGCGUCGCUGGUCAUAAGCUGGUCUAUCACGGAGAUUAUUCGCUACUCCUUCUUUGGUCUUAAGGAAGCUCUAGGCUUUGCACCUUCAUGGCACUUGUGGCUCAGAUACAGCAGCUUUUUAGUGUUGUACCCGACCGGUAUCACCAGUGAAGUAGGUCUUAUCUACCUUGCCUUACCACACAUCAAGACGUCUGAGAUGUACAGCGUUAGGAUGCCAAACACAUUGAACUUCUCGUUCGACUUCUUCUACGCAACGUUACUCGUCCUUGCAAUAUAUGUCCCAGGUAGUCCACACAUGUACAGGUACAUGCUUGGUCAGCGGAGGAGAGCUCUCUCCAAAUCCAAGAGGGAAUAAAAAAGCUAUUAGAGUGGAGAGACCAAAGCCUUGCUCAUCAACUGCUUCUCUUGUCUAGUUUAUUUCAUGUUCUUCUCUUUGUUAGACUCUUUAAGUCUUUCGUUUUCUUUACUUCCUGAGCAAUCGUGUAAACUUUAAGCAGGUUACUAUAUUAAGAGUAAUGUAAUAUCUAGAUUAAGACAAAUGUUUAUCGUCUUCUUUCUUUUAA